CAACUGAACUUCAACCUGAAAUUGAAGAGAAAAUGAAGAACCAGAAUUUCAUCCAUUACCCGAAAUAACAGAACAUAUGGUUGAACCAUCGGAAAUUUUCGAAACAAUUGAUUUAGUCGAAACAAUUGAAGAAAAACUUACUGAAGAGGAUGAAAUCGAAUCCAAAAAGGAACAACCAACCGAAGAAUCAAAAGUUGAAACAACAGUGACUCAAGAACAAUUAGAAAUAACAAAACAGAAAAAGAAAUUGAUACGUAAAAAAGAUAAAAAAUCAGAAGAUGAAGAAAAACCAAUUGAAUCGGAAUCAAUACAACCAGAAUUAGAAACGAGAAAACAUGAUGAAAUUGAAGAAAAAGUUACUGAACCGAAAGAAAUUACUGAAGAACUAAUGUUGGAACAGCAAGAAUUUGUUGAAAUCAUUGAAAUUUACGAAGUGAUUGAAAUGGUGGAAGAAAUUGAAAUCUUUGAUGAACAACCAAAGAAAAAGACUUAUAAAGUGAAAAAGAUAAAAAAACCUAGUGAUAAAAAACCAAUGGAUUAUGUGGAGAAACCGGAUGAUAAAAUCAUUACCAAUUUGAUAAAUGGUAGACCGGAAAAAGUUUUACGAAAAACAAAAAAACCAAAAAAAUUAAUCGAUGAAUCUGAACAACAACGAUCAGAAGAACAAAUGGAAAAAAUUGAUGAAACUAUUGACGAAAUAGAAGUGGAAGAAAUUGUCGAUGAAAUCGAAACAUCAGAUGGUGGGAAAAAGAUUGUUAAGAAAAUCAAAAAAAUCAAGAAAAAGAUGAUCGAUGAAACCGAGAUUUUCACUGAAGAAGAAGAAGAAGAAGAAGAAGCAGAGCAACCCGAAAAAAGUAAAAGAAAAAUUUUGAAAAAAGUUAAAAAACCAAAGAAACCUAUCCAACAAGAAUUGGAGGAAAAACAACCGACAGAAGUGAUUGAAAUGGUUGAAAUCUAUGAAGUUGUCGAAACCAUUGCAAUAAUCGAGAUUGUUCAGGGCAAAAAGAAAAAAGUGCAUAAAAUUAAACAAAUCAAGAAACCAGAAUCUAUUGAAUCGAUUAAAUAUGAAGAAAAACCAGAUGAUCAGGUAAUUUUGGAUUCAGAAGAUAAACCUGAAAAAGUCAUCCGUAAAAUCAAAAAGGAUAAAAAACCUAAAGAAGAUGAGUCUAAACCAGAAAAAGAAGAAAUGUCGGAACAACCGACAGAAACCGAUCAAACUGAAACAACAGAAAUCAUUGAAACGAUCCAAGAAAUUGAAACUCCAGAAGGCAAGAAAAAACUUGUUAAAAAAGUGAAAAAGACUAAGAAGAUAAAAGAAACACCAAAGGAUGAUGGAAAAGUCGUUGGAGUAGAAGAUAAACCAGACGAAGUUGUUGAAACCAUCGAAGAGAUUGAAACUCCAGAAGGCAAAAAGACUGUGUUGAAAAAAGUGAAGAAAUCAAAAAAACCAACGGAAGAAAAGCCUUUGGAUGAAGAAUCAAAACCAGAAAUCGAUUAUGAAAAAUCAAUCGAAGAGAAACCCAUUCUCGAAGAGUUUACGGAACAUCCUGAUGAAUCAGAAAUAAUUGAAACAAGCCAAGUCAUCGAAACCAUUGAGGAAACACCUGAAGGUGAUAAAAAGAUUGUCAAAAAGAUCAAGAAAAUAAAGAAACCGAAAGUUACUGAUGAACCAGAAAUAAAAGAAUCUCAUGAAGAUGAGAUCCAACCAGAAGAUGAAUCUAAAAUCGAAACAAAAGAAAAUAUUGAAAAGACCAAAACAAAAAGAAUCGGUAACAGAAAUUCCAGAAACAGGUGAUAAAGAAGUAACGGAAGAAAUCCAAACCGAAAUCUUUGAAGAAAUCAUCGAAUUGCAUGAAGAUGAACAAAAAUCAGAAGAAUUUAUUGAAACAAUUGAAAUGACACCUGAAGGUGAACAAAAAGUUGUCAAAAAAAUAAAGAAGACAAAGAAACCGAGAGCAGAAAAGUCAGAAGAUAUCAAACCAGAAAACGUAUAUGAAAAACGAAUCCAAGAAAUUACUGAUCAGUCUAGUGAGCCAGAAUUGACCGAAAUCAUCGAAACGAUUGAAAAAACGCUUGAUGAUGGAAAAAAAAUAGUUAAAAAGAUUAAAAAGGUAAAGAAAUUGAAAGAACAACCACUCGAUGAUGAAUCAAAGCCAGAAAUGGAGUUGGAAAAAAAGUUGUUCCAGAAACAGGUGUUGAAGAAGUGACUGAAGAAAUUAAAACUGAUAUAUUCGAAGAAAUAAUUGA